CUCGUCGUCUACCUUCGCUGCUCAGCAUCUCUGUCUCGUAAUCCAUAGAAGCCUGUCUCUCUGUUGUUGACUUCGGAUAGAUUUUUGGGCCUUUUCCAGUACUAAUCCCCUCUGAUUCAAGUCGCGGUUUCAAGAAUCCAGUCGGCGGCUAGUGAGACAUCAGUGCUGCAUUUCUUGGCGAAGUUACCUCCCGAUCCAGCUUGAUUUGGGGUUCUCGUUUGGGAUUUUACAAUCUCCCCUUUCUUUCGCCGUCGCUGGUUUGGACUUCGACUUGCUGCUUCUUCCAUUGCUCGGCAUUGGAAAAGGUUGAAUUUUCUGGUCGAUACUGGCGUUUCUUUUGGGCUUCCGCUCCGCGAGAAAAAGGGACGAAGUUUGUUGAACAUUCGACAAUUUGUAAUAUAUCUCGGCUAAAAAAGGCAGAGACAUUGUUCACGUUAAAAGAAAUCUUGGCUGCAUGGCUCUUUCAGUUCAGCUUGCUGCAGAGAUGAUUAGGAGGAACAGAUGAUUGUGGAGUAGUGCUUAGGAUUGUUGUUGAAAUUGUUGUCCACGAUGACUCCAAGACCUGUUCCGAUUCUUCACCGCUUCAUGGUUCUUCUUGAACUCCUUAUGGUGCUGUUUGCGCACCAGAAUGAGGGCCAAUCGCCAAGUGCAAAUGAUGCGAGUUCAUUGAAUACUCUUCUCCAAGAUUAUGCUUUCCGUGCUCUCGUUCACCCCCACACCGGAGUUAUCUAUGAUGGUACUGUGCCUUCCGACCUCACCGACAUCAGGAUUGCAGCAAUAAGGCUUAGAAGUGGGAGUUUGCGGAGGAGAGAAAUGAGGUAUAACGAAUUCAGCAUCCCACUUGGUCUCAUUGUGAAGCCCUAUGUUGUAAGGCUUGUAUUGGUGUAUCACAAUCUGGGCAACUGGUCUUCUUUAUACUACCCUCUUCCUGGUUAUACCUUCCUGACACCAGUUAUUGGACUCCUUGCUUAUGAUGCAACCAAUUUGUCUGCCACCAACUUGCCGGAAUUGCAGGUAGUGGUUUCGGAAUCACCCAUCUCCAUUAAUUUCUCAAAUGUCACUACUGUUCCAAAUGGUGCAAGAUGUGUGCGGUUUGGUUUGAAUAGCUCUCUGGAAUUUGAAAACUUGGUGUCGAGCAAUUCCUGUUCGACAGACCGCCUGGGCCACUUCUCCAUCGUGGUCAACUCUAGCGAGAGAGGCGGCCAUUCUAAGGUUUGGAAGAUUGUCGGUGGUGUCGUUGGUGGUUUGAUUGCUCUAGUUCUCUUCGCCCUGAUUGUUUUCUGCAUAAGCCGGGUUAGACAGAAUAAGAAGGUGGCACAGAUGGAGCAGCAUGCAGAUGCAGGAGUUUCACUGCAAACCUCCAGGAUCGGAAACACACAGGUUGCUGUGGCUUCAGUAACUCGGACUCAGCCAGUCCUCGAGAACGAACUUGUUAUGUAAUUAAGUGCUAUUGUUUCUCAGGAAAAGAAGCUGAAGACUGUCUGUCGUCCAAGUGUUCUCUUGCAUUGGUCGAAUUGAAAUUUUUUACAAUCUCUGCUGCUUAGUACAUGCACUGAUUCUUUUUGGAAGUUGUCUGUGUUCGAAUGAAUGUCCUUUGUUGUGGUUUUCUGA